AUGACGGUGGAAACCAGACAACAAACGAGCGAGAUGAGCAGACAACUCGAUGAGCUCCGUCAAGCUCAGACGACGCAAGUGGAGAGGCACGAUCGGCUUCAACAAACCACCYAUCAGCUUCAACAAACCACCGAUAGGCUURGACAAACCACCGACUCCAUGAAUGAAUCUCUCAAUCGAUUAGAAAGGAUGAUGGUUCAACAUCUAUCUCUGAAAUCACCGAUCCUCUCUGAAUCUCCGCCGGAGAUGAGCGCAUCUCCAUCUGAAGGUAUAAUAGCCUCUCCGACUCAGUCUCAUCCCCCCGAUCCUCCAGAUCUUCGCCGAUUUGUGCACGAAUCUUCCGGGAAGUCCUCACUUGGAGUUGAUCGGAGCCCAACGGUGCCUAACGGGUUCUCAACUCGGUUGACAAGGAUCGAGUUUCUGGGUUUUGACGGUUCAGAUUUGCGAGGUUGGAUCCAACGUUGUGAGCAAUACUUUGAUCUUAAUGGCACCUCAGCAGAGCGCAAAGUGAAGCUAGCUUCGUUGCACAUGACCGGUAAAGCUUCAAAAUGGCAUUUCUCUUAUAUGGAUAAUCGAUUUGGGAAUUUUCCAUCCUGGCCAGAAUAUGUUCUUGCUGUGGCUUCUCACUUUGGUGAUGUGUAUGAUGACCCUUUAGCUGAGCUGGUCAGUGUGAAGCAGGCRGGUGAAUCUACCAUGGUGUAUUUGGAAAAAUUUGAAAAUGCUCUAGCUCGAGUGUCACUUCRRGAUGCUCACUCUUUGAGCAUUUUCCUGAGUAAUAUGGAUCCUCAUCUUGCUAUGCAGGCCCGUAAGUUUGAGGUCAAGACAGUUUCUGCUGCAGCCAGAAUUGCCAAACUUCAUGAGAAUGAAUUGCUCCACACUCCCAGUAAACCCCCGCAGAGAGCUCCCUUCAGUCCCUCAAGAUUUCAGAUAUGGGAAAUCCUCAAAAGGCACCAUUGUUAA